AUCGCACAUAGAAUGUGUCAAAAACCCUUUCUAUCUUCUUCCCCAAUCUCUGUCUUGUCUUUUCACCUAAAUCCCAUAUCAGAUGAGAUUUUAAUAUCCUCAUUCUUGCCUUACCCACAAAUCCUUCUCCCGUUUGCCUCCCUUGUUUUUCCCAAUUUGAGCUUCAAUCUUUAUUAUUGUCAACCUUGAUUCCCAAUCUUCAAGAACCCAUCUUGUUUCCUAUUCUGGGUAAUGAUCAUCUUGCACAAUGUAUCAAAAGAUUUGUUCUUUUUGUCUCUGACUCCAAUUGUUUCGUUAUUGUUGGAUGCAGAGAAGCAAAUUGUGAAGACGCCCUUCUGAUUAUCCGAGUACAGAAGCCAUCUUCAAUAUAAAAGCCUAGGGUGGAUGGCACCCUAAUGUUCUUUAUCCUAUAUUUGCAUAUAAAAGGUGCUGAAAAACAUGGCUGUUUUCAUAAGGUAGCACCUGUUUCAUGAUUUGGUCUGAAUUAUUGGCAGAUGGAGAUGGCUGCCCAGCAAGAAAAUUCUGGUCACAACAAUGUUUCCGGACAAAGUUCUUGCCUAUAUGAUCUUUUAUGUUCAGAUGCACCCGGUUGGAGAACCCAAAGUGAACGACGGACAUUAUCUGGUCCCCAAGAAAGGCUGGAGAUUUUGCUGCAUCAAUCUGCCAACAAGUCCUGUGCUGAUUGUGGAUCUCCAGAUCCAAAAUGGGUAUCUUUAAGCUUUGGAGUAUUUAUUUGCAUCAAGUGUUCUGGUGUACAUAGGAGCCUUGGAGUGCAUAUUUCAAAGGUUGUUUCAGUGAAGCUAGAUGAAUGGACAGAUGAACAAGUUGAUGGCCUGGCAAGUAUGGGUGGAAAUAUUACUGUAAACAAGAAGUAUGAAGCUUGCAUGCCAGCACAUGUCCAAAAACCAAAACCAGAUGCUUCUAUAGAGGAGCGCUUUUAUUUUAUUAGGAGAAAGUAUGAGCUGCAAGAUUUUCUGAACACAGCCGAUCAGUGUCAGAUAUCCUGUCCUUUCCUCCCUACUCAUAAGAGACAUUCUUCUAGCAAUUCUUCAGGCACUAAUUAUAGCCAAGACAAGAAACCAUAUGAAAAGCAACCUACCAGGCAUCGUAUAGGGAAUGCAUUUCGUAAUAGCUGGGGAAGAAAAGACUCUGAUCAGAGGGCUGCAAAGAAGGGCAACUCAAUGUCAAUGGCAGGUAUGGUCGAAUUUGUUGGAUUAAUUAAAGUGAACGUGGUCAGAGGAACAAAUCUAGUUGUUCGGGAUGUGAUGACAAGUGAUCCAUAUGUCAUUCUUGCAUUAGGUCACCAAUCAGUGAAGACACGUGUCAUAAAGAACAACCUGAAUCCAGUGUGGAAUGAAAGUCUGAUGCUGUCGAUUCCUGAACAAAUUCCUCCUCUAAAAGUGCUGGUGUAUGACAAGGACACAUUCACAACUGAUGACUAUAUGGGCGAGGCUGAGAUUGACAUUCAACCUCUGGUUACCGCUGCUGUAGCCUUUGAGAAGUCUAAAAUCAAUGAAACGACGCAGCUGGGAAAGUGGAUAGCUAGCAAAGAUAACACCCUGGUAAAAGAUGGUGUCAUCAACCUAAUAGAUGGGAGAGUAAGACAACAGAUUGCUCUUAGGCUGCAGAAUGUUGAGAGAGGUGUAUUGGAGAUUGAGCUGGAAUGUGUUCCUCUGACUCAAUAGCAGACACAGUUAACGAAGCACAAGUGAUCAUUCUGAUGUUAAAAUUGCCACUCUCCUUGUAGAUAUAUAUGUUGUAUGAUUGGAAAUCGUUAUAUUCAUAGUUCUCUUAAAAGGAGUCUCGGUUGUAGAUUCUUGUCGUCUUUGUUUCUCUUUUUCCUGUAGAUAAGAAUUUUCAGGAUUCUUAUUGAAUGAUGCUCAGACGGAUUUGUAUAUUUCUCUUCCUUCUCUUAGUACUAUAUUUCAAAACACUGUUCAGUUUGGUAGACUUUACAAUUUGCCGGCGGACAUUGAGACUUGAAACUUGUAAAUGAAGCUUGGUGUCUUGUUUCUUAGUUUUGGG